AUGCCCGCCGAAGGAACGAGCCUGCCGCUCGAGUCGUUUGAGCGCAAGAUGCAGUCGUUGGAGAGCAAGCAUGGAAGCGCGCAGUCGCUCAUCACGCUCGACGUCCAAGACGCCGAGACGCCGUCGCCGCAGCGUCCGUCGCCAACGACUGCGUUUGCCUCGGGCUUUGGCAUUGGGCUCUGCAUCAUGUUUUUCGCCUUUUGCGCCCGCCGCCCCGACGACGCGCUGCGCCACCCGUGCACGCAAUGGGGCCUCGCCGUCGGGAUGCUGGCGGCCGCCGCGCUCCUCUCAAGCGGCCUCUACUACGCCGCGCAGCUCUACUUUGUCUAG